AUGGGAAGGAAUCCUUCGAUUGAAACUGAAAACUCUUUCUCUGAUCUUACUUUUCUUCCUUCACAUCAACGACAAAUUGAGGUUCAACCUACUUAUUUUAAUCAAGCUUAUAACAACUCUUUUCCAAUACAACAAACCUAUAUCUAUAACCCAACAGCUUAUCCUUCUCCACCUUUGGAUAACUCUAUAAAUCUUCCCUCUCCUAGGGUUGAGUUUGAAGAUAAUAAUAGGUCAAUGAAUUCAGAUAAUUCUAAUUUAACUUCCUCAUCUUCCACCGGCUUUCAAAUGGAUCGUCGUAUGAAUCUACCAAUUGCUCUCCUCCAACAAGUAAAACUUGAACCAGGUUCUUCUGAAGGAUCACCCGAAACAUGGUCUCGAGUUUCAGCUCCUGAGACGUCCGGUACGACUCAUUUUCCGUUCGGUUCAUAUUCAGCAAAGCCUGUCGAUGAACGUGCGAUGAAUCCUGCAUUUCAACAACCCAUGGGUUAUUAUGGUCAACCUCAACAUCCUGUAAAUUUUGGUAACACAAUGCCACCUACACCCCAGGAUUAUCCGAUGCAGAACCAAAACAGAAACGUUACACAUACUACGCCACUUCAUUUUCAUCAAAAUCAGAGCAGACCUCCUCCAGUUCUAGCUCCUCAAACAAUGAUGACUACUUUCAGCUCAAAGACUGUUUCUUCGACUCCAAAAAGAUAUAAAUGUAAUAUAUGUCAAAAAAGAUUUACACGCCCAAGUUCUUUGCAAACUCAUACUUAUAGUCAUACUGGAGAGAAACUUAUACAACUUCGUAAUACGACUUUCGUAAAUACGACUUUCCAUUCAAAUGUCCAGUUGAAGGCUGUGGUCGACACUUUUCGGUUGUCAGUAACCUUCGCCGUCAUCAGAAAAUUCACUCAAAAUAAUUUGAUACAAUUGUGA